AUGGCGAACCCUGUUGCCUACCUACAACAGCAACAGUUGCUUCCAUCCAACCCACUGGUUGCGGCCAAUGCUGCUGCAUACCUGCAACAACAACAGCUACAACAUAUCCUACCAGCGCUCAGUCAUCUAGCCGUGGCGAACCCUGCCACCUACUUGCAACAGAAACAGCUGCUUCCAUUCAACCAACUGGCUGUGGUGAACACAGAUGCAUACCUACAACAACACUAG